AUAAUUAUUCCACCAAAAUUACAUUAAAUCAGUGUCCUUUUUCUUUAACGACAAAUAAUAAUUGCAAUAAUUGCCUGUUAUUAUUAAAUUCUUCACUGAGACAACUCCAUUUCUGCGCACUCGCUCCAUUUUCACUUUCUCUCUCUUCAUCUUCCCCUUUCUCUCUCUAAGCGAUCUCUUUUGGCAAUCCGAAUUACACACACGGGGCACGCACCUUUGAAUCAUUGCAGCGUAGUUUCUAAGCAUUUUGGGCGUUAGGGAUUUGUUGGAGACCGAACGCCCAAAUAUUCGAUUGAUUCUGCGGAAUAAGUGAGCUGUUGCUUUGCUCGUGGGAUGUGAGAAGCUGAGAAGUUGAGGCGAGGUUUUUUUGAAAAAAUAUGCCUUCAUGGUGGGGAAAGUCAUCAUCGAAAGAAGCAAAAAAGAAGACAACCAAAGAAAGUUUAUUCGGCACAUUUCAUAAGAAGAUUAAGAGUCCUGAAAGUAAAUCUGUCAGUAGAUCAGGAGGGUCUAAGAGACGUCCAAGUGACACAGUUUCGGAGAGAGGGUCUUUGUCACGAGUUCAAUCAAGGUCUCCAUCACCUUCCAAACAUGUCGGGCGUUGUCAAAGUUUUGCAGAAAGGUCCCAAGCACAACCACUUCCAGUGCCAGUCUUGCGACCUGCUAAUAAUGUCAGUCGUACAGAUUCUGGAAUAAGUGAAUUGGCAAAACCGAAAGUGCAAAGGGUCUCCAAACCAUCGUUGUUUCUGCCUCUUCCAAGGCCUGCAUGCAUCCGUCAAAGACUGGAUCCUGCUGACUUGGACGUAGACUUGGCUGUUGCUUCAAUUUCUAGUGAAUGUUCCAUUGAGAGCGAUGAUCCAGCUGAUUCACGUCAGCGUAGCCCAUUGGCAAAUGACUAUGAUAUUGGCUGUAGGACAGCUGCCGGCAGCCCCUCAAACAUUUCUUUUAGAGAGCAGGCCCCUGUUGUACCAUUAAUCUCAAGGGAGUCGCCUGUUCAAGUGAACCUCUCCUCCAGUAAAAAUAUCUCCCCUUCACCACCUAGAAGACGACUUUUGAAUGGUCAAAUGGCGAGUUUACAAGUUCCACAUUAUGGUGCCUUUUGUAGUGCUCCAGAUAGCUCUAUGUCUAGUCCUUCCAGAAGUCCAAUGAGAGCCUCCGGUUAUGAGCAAGUUUCUACUACUGCUUUUACUGCUGGAAAGAUUUAUCCGGACUUUCCGUUUCUUGGAUCUGGUCAAUGCUCCAGUCCAGGCUCAGGUCAGACUUCUGGGCAUAAUUCAAUGGGAGGAGAUAUGUCUGGGCAGUUAUUUUGGCAACCCAGUAGAGGAAGCCCAGAAUAUUCGCCAAAUCCUAGUCCUAGAAUGACGAGUCCUGGCCCGAGUUCCAGAAUUCAUAGUGGUGCAGUAACACCACUUCAUCCUAGAGCUGCAGGGGGGCAUUCUGAAUCACAGAGUAACUGGCCUGAUGAUGCAAAACAACAAAGUCAUCGUCUGCCUCUUCCUCCCUUAACAAUUUCCAAUUCCUCGCCCUUCUCUCAUCAAAAUUCGGCUGUGACAUCACCUUCAGUGCCACGUAGCCCUGGAAGAGCGGAGAAUCUUUCAAGCCCUGGCUCACGUUGGAAAAAAGGGAAGUUGCUCGGCCGAGGCACAUUUGGACAUGUCUAUGUUGGCUUUAAUAGUGAAACCGGUGAAAUGUGUGCCAUGAAGGAGGUUACGUUAUUUGCUGAUGAUGCAAAGUCAAAGGAAAGUGCAAAGCAGUUGGGACAAGAAAUCGUGCUGUUGAGUCGCUUGAGGCAUCCUAAUAUUGUGCAGUACUAUGGAUCUGAAUCGGUGGGUGAUAAAUUAUAUAUUUAUUUGGAAUAUGUAUCGGGUGGUUCAAUCCAUAAGAUUUUACAAGAAUAUGGAAAGCUAGGAGAAUCAGCUAUCCGCAGUUACACUCAACAAAUUCUGUCCGGGCUUGCAUUUUUACAUGCUAAAAAUACUGUCCACAGGGAUAUUAAAGGGGCCAAUAUACUCGUGGACCCAAAUGGCCGUGUUAAGUUGGCAGACUUUGGGAUGGCAAAGCAUAUUGCAGGUCAGUCUUGUCCGUUAUCGUUUAAGGGUAGUCCAUACUGGAUGGCACCUGAGGUUAUAAGGAAUUCAAAUGGAUGUAGUCUAGCUGUUGAUGUAUGGAGUCUUGGAUGCACCGUCUUAGAAAUGGCUACAUCAAAACCACCUUGGAGCCAGUAUGAAGGGGUUGCCGCUAUGUUCAAGAUUGGAAACAGUAAAGAACUUCCAACAAUUCCGGAGCACCUCUCAGAUGAAGGAAAAGAAUUUGUUAGGCUAUGUUUGCAGCGGAAUCCUCUACAUCGUCCCACAGCUGCUCAACUUUUGGAACACCCUUUUGUGAAAAGUGCUGCACCUUUGGAGAAACAGAUGCUCAGUUCUACAUCCUCCGAUCAUCCUGCAGUGACAAAUGCUGUGAAAUCUGUGGGCAUCGGUACCAGAAUUCUUCAGCAACCGGAUGCAGAGAGACUCGCUAUCCACUCAUCUAGAAUAUCAAAAUCUAAUUUUCAUUCCAGUGACAUGUAUAUCUCAAGAAACAUAUCGUGUCCGGUCUCUCCAAUCGGAAGUCCUCUCCUACAUCCAAGAUCUCCUCAACACCUAAGCGGCAGAAUGUCACCUUCACCUAUAUCAAGCCCCCGCACAACCUCCGGCUCAUCCACACCUCUCUCUGGCGGCAUAGGCACGAUUCCAUUUCACAAUCAGCCCACUCUAUCAUCACAAGAGGGUUUUGUUAGCCUACAGGUGCGCCCACCGAGCCCCUCUUACUGGGACCCCGACAUCCUCCGAUCCCACGCUUUUCGAGAACUGACAUCCUACGAUAAUGAUGCUCUCGGAAAGCAGUUUGUGAGAGCCGCUGCUGCUGGUACAGGGGAGCUUUACGACGGGCAGUCGGUUUUGGCCGAUCGUGUGUCUCAGCAGCUUAUGAUGGACCCCGUUAAGUUGAACCAGUCUCUUGAUUUAUCCCCUUCGUCUGCAUUGGCCUACCGCCGCAUGACCGGGGUAUAAACUGUGUUCUUCGUCGCGGAGGAUUUUUUUCAUUCCACACCGUGCUAACAUCACCCGUCGUUUUAUUAGUUGGUGAUGCCUAAAUCGAGCAGGAGUUUGAAUAUUUUGACAAUACUCUCACCCGAACGGCCUAUUACACCUCGUACGAAAAGUGAACGAUUGGUCGGGAAAGAUGACAACAUCUUUAAAUAAGAUGAGGUUAAUUGGUCUGCGGAUUGUAGCUAAUUGUAUAGCCAUCACGAAAUCUUUUGGUCUGAGAAAAAAAAAUGUACUUUGGCCUAUUUGCAGAGAAGGAAGAAAAAAAAAGGUAACCCUGGAUAUAUAAUGUGUUGUUACUACUCUAUUUAUGCUAUAUACGAUAUGCAAAUGCUGUACAGGAAACCGACGAAAUUAAUCGAGAUUUUUACUUUCGAAGUUCACAAAUCAUAAACCUCUGUAUCUAUCUCUCUUCUUUUUCAAGAUUUCGAGUUUUUUCAGAACUGUGCUGUGCUGCAUAUGAAAAAAAAAACGCUGAGCUGGCUUUAUAUUUGACGGUCAUAUAUUAAAUCGAUAAUAACAAAAUUCA